AUGGAGAAACCUAGCACCGACUUCAUCGAAGACACCGAUAAUCAACAACUCGGCCACAUCGCCAACCAGGAAGACCAUGAAUUGACCAAAUGGCAGAGUCUGAAGAAAUAUCCCUGGACCUUCUUCUGGUGCACCUACGCCGUCUGGUGUAUCCUGCUAGUCAGUUUUGAGAAUCAAGCUUCCGGUAACGUCACCGGUAUCCCGGAGUUCCGGAAGGACUUUGGUCAUUACUAUGAGGGUGCCUGGGUGUUGGAUGCGAAAUGGCAGUCUGCGUUUGCUGGUGGUCCUGUCGCGUCGGCUGUUGUUGGUGCUCUGUGCUCGGGUCAGAUUGCUGAUGCUAUUGGGCGCAAGUUGACUAUCUUGAUUGCUCUUGUCAUCAGUGUUGGUGCUGUUACGUUGGAGUUUGUUUCGACGACGAACGAGAUGUUCUUUGGUGGAAAAUUUCUUAAUGGGUUUGCUGUGGGAGCGCUGGCUUCUGUGCCUGUUACUUAUGUCGGCGAGAUCACCCCGCUCGCUCUCCGUGGUACCCUCACUUGCUUGACAGCCCUCGCCUAUGUAAUCGGCCCCCUCGUCGUAGCCCUCAUCACCAACUCCACCGGAACCUACACAAACCGUUGGGCCUACCGCGCCGUCUUCUGCGCCCAGUACGGCUUCGCUGCCAUCGCUCUCGCCGGCAUCAUGUUCAUGCCCGAGUCCCCCUGGUGGCUCGUCUCCAAGGGCCGCGAGGACAAAGCCCGCGCCUCCCUCCGCAAGCUAGGCUACUCCGAAAACGAGACCACCAAGAAAUUCGCCCUAAUGAAGACCACUCUCGAGGAAGUCCGCCAGGAAACCGAGGGCGCUACCUAUCUCGAGUGUUUCCGUCGGUCCAACCUGCGCCGUACUAUUAUCUCCAUUCUCCCGCUGAGCAUCCAGGCUUUAUCGGGUGUUGUCUUCGCUGCUGGUUACUCUACAUAUUACAUGCAGCUGGCUGGGUAUAGUACCGAGAUGAGUUUCCGCCUGCAGAUCGUGCAGCAGAUUGCCUCACUGGUCGGUAACGUCAUGUCAUACUUUGUCAUUGACCGCGUCGGUCGUCGCAACCUUAUGUUCUACGGCUUGGCCAUCCUCACUGCGAUCCUGAUGUUGACGGGUGGUCUGGCCGUCGUCGGAUCGCAGACUGGUAACCCCAAUGCGGCGGGUGCUAUCAAGGGAACCGUCGCUUUGAUACUCAUCUACUGCUGGUGGUAUAACAUGACCAUCGGUGCAGCCGGAUACACCAUUCUGGCCGAGGUGUCUACUUCCAGGCUCCGUAUCAAGACUAUUGCCAUCGGUCUUGCGCUGCAGAAUGCGCUUUACACGAUGUGGUCGUUUGUCCUGCCUUACCUGUUUAAUCCCGAUGAGGCCAAUCUCGGUGCCAAGGUGUCUUUCAUCUUUGGUGGUCUUUGUGUGAUUUGUCUUGUUUAUUUGUGGUUCUUCCAGCCUGAGACUACCGGUAGGACUUAUGCUGAGCUGGAUGAGAUGUUUAUAAAGGAGGUCCCCGCUAGGAAGUUCAAGACUUACAAGACUGAUGCUGAGGCUUUUGGUGUUGCUGCGAAGGGCAAUGGGGAGGCUUAG